AUGCAUAAAGAUGAUCAAGACGUCAAGGUGGUAGACGAAGUCCUCCGAAGUCUCCAAAAUUCUGGCCUGCUCUGCCCUGCAGGGAUUGCAACUUCUUUGACAAAUUCAGGACAACAAUGGGACUUUCCGAAUGGUUGGGCACCGCUUCAACACAUGAUCGUUGAAGGCCUGGUAAGGUCGAGAUCUGAACAAGCGAGGUCUAUAGCAGAAGAUAUUGCUGUGAAGUGGAUCAGAACAAACUAUGUGGCUUACAAGAAAACAGGAAAUAUGCAUGAAAAAUACAAUGUUGAAAAAUGUGGAGAUUUUGGAGGUGGCGGUGAAUAUGUACCCCAAACGGGAUUUGGCUGGUCGAAUGGUGUUGUAUUAGCAUUCUUGGAGGAAUUCGGAUGGCCUCGAGACCUGGAGCUAGAUUGUCCAUAA